AUAAUAAGUGUAUAUCAUAAUGAGUGUUAUCGGCGAAAGACAUAUCAGCUCAUACCAGGUCUACGAAUACCUUGCUGUAGGAUAAUGUCUCCGCGUGAUAUUGCCGUGUAAUACAUAGACAUUUAUAAUGGAACACAGAUAUUCUAAAGAUGUAAUCACAAAACCUGAACAUCGACAGACCAAGGAUGAGACUGCAGCUGGUGCUUCGGCCACUCACAAAAAAGAGCCGACAAGAGAACAGCAGGGCAGUGAUGAUACACAGGGAGAUAACUCCGGUUCCAUUUCGAUACCAUUAGAACAUGGCAACAUGUCAACAGUACACGUGGAUCCAAGCCAGAAGACAUUGAACACGUUGAGAAAGGGUGAACCUGUCUCUGGACGUAAGAAAAGGAAAAGAAAGAAAAAGAGUACAAAAAUAGUGCAAUCGUCUGAGUUACAGGUGGAGAAUCCAGGGACUGCAACCAAUGCAAUCCCUAUGGAUCCUUAUAAAGUCAUACCAAAUCAAGAAUCAUUAGACUCGGAAAGACAUGUAAAGACAUCAGAAGUAGAACAUAUCACUGUAAAUGAGAUAGAUACAUCACACAAUGAACACAAGUCCGAGUCCCAGGCCAAAAAUUCCAGUCCUACCUCCAAUGAAUCUAUAGUGGGAGAGGGCGGUGCCAUACAUACAGAUCCAAGCCAGGAAACACUAGAUACUGCAAAAGAUGUUGGUCAGACUUCACAUAGUAUCACGAUUAUCUACGACCGAGAGUUAACAGUGGAAAAGCACGAAAAUGAUGACAUACAGGAGAUGCACCCGUCUGUUCCCAUUACUAAUCACAAUGACAAGUCAACGGAGGAACAAAAAGGCAGCAGUGUUAACAGAUUACCUGAGGAUGAACCUAUCCCUGAACGAAGACAAACGAAAUCGAAAAGAAGGAGAAAGAAGACAAAGAUGGAUCAAACAACUGAGACACAAGCGGAGAGACCUAGUCCUGCAACCAAUGUGUUCUCCAUGGAUCAUUGCAAAGUCGUGGAAGAACCAAACACCGAGAAUAAGAUAAGGACAUCAAACACAGAACAAACUUCCGAGUCCGAGGUCAAGACCUCCAGCUGUACCUCAAAUGUAUCUACUCUGGGACAGGGCGAUGCCAUACAUAAAGAUCCCAGCCAGGAAACACUAGACUCUGGAAGAAAUGAAGAACCUGUCCCUGAGCACAAGAAAAAGAAAUCUAGAAAGAAGAAAAAGAGGACAAAAAAUGAACAUACAUCUGAGUUACAGGAUGGCCAGGUGGCGACUCUAACAAGUGUUACCGUUACGAAGGACGGAGAAUCGAAUGGAAAAAGUUGCGAACCAGGGGUCGAAAAGCCCGGUCCUACCUCAAAUGCAUCUACAGCGGGACAGGGCGAUGCCAUACAUACAGAUCCCAGGAAGGAAAAACUAGAGACUGCAAAGCAUGUUGGUCCGACUUCACAUAGUAUCACGAUUAUCUACGACCGAGAGUUAACAGUGGAAAAUCACGAAAAUGAUGACAUACAGGAGAUGCACCCGUCUGUUCCCAUUACUAAUCACAAUGACAAGUCAACGGAGGAACAAAAAGGCAGCAGUGUUAACAGAUUACCUGAGGAUGAACCUAUCCCUGAACGAAGACAAACGAAAUCGAAAAGAAGGAGAAAGAAGACAAAGAUGGAUCAAACAACUGAGACACAAGCGGAGAGACCUAGUCCUGCAACCAAUGUGUUCUCCAUGGAUCAUUGCAAAGUCGUGGAAGAACCAAACACCGAGAAUAAGAUAAGGACAUCAAACACAGAACAAACUUCCGAGUCCGAGGUCAAGACCUCCAGCUGUACCUCAAAUGUAUCUACUCUGGGACAGGGCGAUGCCAUACAUAAAGAUCCCAGCCAGGAAACACUAGACUCUGGAAGAAAUGAAGAACCUGUCCCUGAGCACAAGAAAAAGAAAUCUAGAAAGAAGAAAAAGAGGACAAAAAAUGAACAUACAUCUGAGUUACAGGAUGGCCAGGUGGCGACUCUAACAAGUGUUACCGUUACCAAGGACGGAGAAUCGAAUGGAGAAAGUUGCGAACCAGGGGUCGAAAAGCCCGGUCCUACCUCAAAUGCAUCUACAGUGGGACAGGGCGAUGCCAUACAUACAGAUACCAGCCAGGAAAAACUAGACACUGCAAAGCAUGUUGGUCCGACUUCACAUAGUGUCACGAUUAUCUACGACCGAGAGUUAACAGUGGAAAAGCACGAAAAUGAUGACAUACAAGAGAUGCCCCAGUCUGUUCCCAUUACUAAUCACAAUGGCGAGUCAACAGAGGAACAAAAAGGCAGCAGUGUUAACAGAUUAACAGAGGAUGAACAUAUCCCUGAACGAAGAAAAAGGAAAUCCAAAAGAAGGAGAAAGAAGACAAACAUGGAUCAAACAACUGAGACACAAGUCAAGACGUCUAGCUCCGCCUCCAAUGUAUCUACUCCGGUACAAGGUGAUGUCAUACAUACAGAUCCCAGCCAGGAAACACUAGAUUCUGGAAGAAAUGUUAGUCCGACUUCCCACGACCGAGAGUUAACUAUGGAACAGCAGGAAAACGGUGAUAUACAAGAGACGUCUUCGUCUAUUUCCAUUACCAAUCACACUGGCGAGUCGACAGAGGAACAACAGGGAUGCGGUAUUAACAGGGAAAACAAUGAAUCUAAGGAUGUCAAAACAUGCAACAACAACAACAACAACAACAACAAGGUCCGGAAAACAACGUCAGAGACCAAAGGGAGGAGUUACGCUGAUUGUGUGAAGACAGGUAAGAUAAAACAUAAAGUACCAAAACACAACAGAGGUCAUGUAGAUAUUACUGAACAAUAUCCGGUCGAAGGAAAGUUAUAUUCUACGACAGCCGAGUCCGAUGUAGAAUCGAUUUCUUCAUUUCAAUUCGAUGAUGAGGAAGGCGACUUAGUCAACAGUGACAUGGAAAAAAACGAAGAAUCAGACAUUUACAUCGGAGAUGAUACUGAGACAUGGUUUGAAAAAAGUCGCAGAAAAUAUGAUUUUCCAAAAGAUGAUUCUGGAUUAUUUGAGGAUGAUGUACUUGACAACAGUAUUCUGACAGACGGAGUCGAACUAACAGAUGUUUACAUGGAAAAAUUUACGAGACAGUCUUUCUCGUUAAAAAGAGACAAUUUCUAUGGUUUUAAGUCUGAAAGAGAGUGCAUGGAGCUAUGUAAAUCUAAUCCUAACCUUUACGUAUGUUGUCAACUUGAAAUACAAUCGCCUCACCGUGCAGUGGCAACACUAUUAAAUCCUAGAAAAAACCUAGAGAGAAUAGAAAUUUUAGGUAGAUUUAAAUGUGGACAGGCAUUUACAGCAGAUGAGGUUGUAGUUGAAAUACUCCAAAAGGUAAACCGUGCGAAAGACACAUCUGGUCGUGAAAAAGAUAAGAAAACUUUGGAUGCCUACGGGAAGGUCAUAGGGAUCAUUGAGCGUGUAAGACAUAAAGAUAUCGAGCAUCCUGUUUUCAUUGCAACACAAGAUCCAAAUGCUGGUCACUUGAUGUUACCAAUUUGCAAGACGAUACCGAAAAUCAGCGUACUAAAUAAAAACAUAAAAGAACGCUACCCCACACAGAUGAUGCAUAAAGUGGAAGUUUAUGAUUAUGUUGCAUCUAAAGGUAUACUGCAAUAUAAAGAAAGUCAAGAUAUAAAACCAGACGAGAGAGAUCAAUACAGGUUUCUUGUUUGUUACCUACACUGGGGAGAGAAAUAUGUGUAUCCACGUGGAGCGGUCAUAGCUUUAAUGAAAACAGACGUGAAUGAUAUUAGGAGAGGAUUACGCAUAAUUGGCAUUCAAAACCAAGUACCUACCCAUUACAACGAAUCUACUAUCGGAGCGGUACAACGCUUGAUUGAAAACUCCCAAGAAACAGCAAAUAGUAAUCGGUUAGACCUCACCGAUAAAAUCAAUGCCUUUACCAUAGAUCCACCGCAUUCCAAGGAUUUGGACGAUGCGCUAAGUGUUGAGGACGUUGGAAGUGACACAUACUUGAUUGGUGUUCACAUUUCCGAUGUAACUGCCGCAAUCCCUUUGGAUAGCGACAUUGACAAAGAAGCACGAUCUAGAUGUUCUACUUACUACUCGAUCCCAAGGGCUAGAAAUAUGCAUAUGCUACCAGAGCCACUCAGUCAGGAUAUGCUUAGUCUUCUUCCCAAUACAAAACGUGCUGCAAUCUCAGUAUUCUUCACCGUAAACAAAUAUGGUGUUAUAGAAGAAACCAGAGACAUUCGACGUACUUUUAUACGGUCUAGUAAACGUCUAACAUAUCAAGAAGUCCAAGCUAUCAUUGACGAGACGGCCCUUUCAUCUGAUCGUCUUCAUCGAGAUAUCAGAUGUUUGAACGAGCUAGCACAGCACAUUCGCCGUGACCGUUUGAAAGGAGCCCUGCAUGCAUACCCUGUAGAAUUUGACUUUUCAGUCGACACAAACGACAUUCUACACAAUAUAGAUGCUCACAAUUUAGUGGAAGAAUUCAUGAUCAUGGCAAACCAUAGUGUUGGUCGAUACCUCGUGAAUGCAUAUAGUGAUGUCGUUCCUUUAAGAUGUCAGAGCAAUCCUGAAAGUGACGCCCUCUCUUCAUGGUUGAGUAAAAACACUCAUAUAGCGGACAUCAUCGUAGCAUUGCAGGAUUUGAAACUUAAUACAUCCUCGGUCACCAGAACAUUGAGCAUUUCAAACGCUCCCAAGUCUAGAUGGAAUCGUUUAUUGCCUAUUCAAAACUGGGUGUGGAAGGCUAUUGUCAAUGCAGCUGAAAGAAAUGAUAUAGGACGCGUAAAGCAGCUGAUCGGAAGUGAUGACCUACACCCUCAACAAAGUUUUGCCCUUCAAGAAUGGAUGUCUUUCCAGGAAACUGCCAGUUACAAAUGUUCAGGAUCCGAUGGUUUAUCAAAAUCAGGAGGACAUCACUUUUCGCUAGGUCUUGAUAACUAUGUUCAUUUCACUUCUCCUAUCAGAAGAUAUGUUGACAUUGUAAUCCACAGGCUUCUGCAUGCAGCUUUAGAUGGCUUAGACAAGCUACCUUAUACAAAAGAAGACAUAGAUGACAUUUGUGAUCAAAUGAAUCAGGCACGCAACCGAGCGAAGAUAUUUCAGAAGCAAUGCGACAUGUUGCUCCUCUCAACAAAACUAAGGAGAUGUCCGCAAAAGUUAGUAGGUUUUGUCGAAGACAUGUCUGAUGAAGGAGUGACCUUGCAUUUUCCCGGAUUGAAACAUGUUCCAGUGCAGAAAAGAAUGCUCAAAUUCAAUCUUUUAUACUUAAAUUCGCAACCACAACGCAGUGAGGAUGUAGAUCUCAUUCCCAACACAAGUGAGAAGCGAGAGCUAAUCUCGGUCAAAUGGCAUAGACGUAUUUAUCUCCACAGAGGUGUAAAAAGAAAGCAACAGAAUGACGAAGAUAAAGAAAGCGAUAAUUCGACUGUAAAGAGUGUUGACCCACACCAACGGACAAAAUUCCUCAAAUAUACAGCUUGGGUUGAAAUAUUGACUGCGCUUCUUGACAGAAAUAACGAUAUCCUCAUUCAGGUUAUCGAUGAAACAGAAACCGAUGGCAAAUUUGGAGCAUUGCGCAAAUAUGUCCAGUCAAGUCUGAAAGCUGUACAGGACGUAAGCUGUGAGAAUCAAACAAGUGUGUUUGUCAAUCCGAUAUGCAAAUUCAAACUUCCAUUUCACCUCAACCAGACAGUCGCUGUGCAUAUGACAGCAGAGUACGACAGAGGUACAUUAUAUCCAUAUAUACAGGUAUUUGACAUGACUCCAAAUGUGUCGUUUUGCUUACAGCACGUAGAUAACCCUGUAAAAGUCCUAGCAAGAUAUUCAACUGUGCCUUCAAAGCUCGAAUACAAAGAUGUACAAAACUAUAUCAAGUCAUGGUUACCCAUCAUUCAAAUGGAAGCAGCAACAAAUACUGUGAGAAAUGAAGAAUCGGCUACAAUAUGUGGUGUACCAAUACAGUUUCGAGGAAGAAAUGGUAAAUUCUAUCUCAAUACCCAUUACUGCAAAAUGAGGGAAAUAGAGUUUGGAAACACAGAGUUAGAGAUCUUCAAAGAGGAUACAGAGGAAGUUACACGUGGCAAUCGUGUCAAUGAUGCUAAGAAGAAAGAGCUGUUGAAGGAAAUUGUAUGUUCCAAUUACGUUUGUAUUCGUUGUCCAGUUCGUGGGAAUGAGCAAAAAAAGCAAAGUCAAUCCGCCCAAGGCAGAAUUACUGACGAGAAGAGGAUUUGGAUUGGCCAUGGCGAAUUUACACAUAAGAGAUCAGUAAAAGUAGAGAAAUUUGGACAUUGCUUUGAAGUUCAUUUUAAGCUGCAUGAAGACAACGCACCUGCACCAAUGAAAGUUGCUGAAAUUUCGGACGGAUGUAGCUUGGAAAUACUAAGCAAAUCCAAAGUUGACAGGCGAACAGAAAGUCUGAUGAAGUUACUUCCAGAAGCGACCAGUUUAGCCCGGGCCAUUGCUCUUGCGAAACGAAUUCCGGUUUUAGAUGAUCUUCAUGAAGAAAUUGCAAAAGAAAUCCCAAGAGAUAUCGAAAUAGAUUCGUUGCCAAGAAAUAACCACCAGCAGAACAAUGCCAUCGAGAAUGCCCUCACAUCUCGUUUCAGUUUGAUUCAAGGUCCUCCAGGCACUGGAAAAACUUUCACAGGGAUUAAACUCAUCUACCUUUUCAACCUUUUCAACCGAAAGUUUUACGAGAAGACGCAUGAAAGGCGAUACCUCGUCUUUUCUGGCCCAUCAAACAAAUCGGUUGACCUUGUAGCAAACCAAGUCCUUCAAAGAUUGUCUCAAUCCGAUCUCGCUCCAAGGAUAAUCCGAAUGUACGGCCAGGCAUACGAAUUCCUCGAUUUUCCAGUUCCAGGAAAGAUAAGUUGUUCCCACCGGUCGAUACGUGACUCUAAACCUGACGAGGCUCUAAAAGGAAAAGGUGUAGUUCUCCAUCAUGUCAUACGGGAGAGUGGGAAAACUUACGCUGAUGAAUUAAGGUCGUUUGAUAGAAAAUUUAAAGCUGAAUCAUAUACAGCAUCAAUUGAAGAAAUUGACAAAUAUCAGGAAAUUCUAAGCAAAGCAACCCAAGAAGAGCUACAGAAUUAUGAUGUUAUCUUAUGCACUACUUCUAUGGCUGGGAAUCCAAAGCUGUUGAAGGCGACAAAGGGUAAAGUAUACCAAUGUAUCAUUGACGAAUGUGGCAUGUGUACAGAGCCAGAGUGUAUGGUACCACCUAUAGCGACACGAGCCGAACAAGUGGUGUUGAUAGGAGAUCAUAAGCAACUCCAGCCGAUAAUUCUAUGCAAGGAGGCUGGGGAAUUGGGACUAGCGACGUCAUUGUUUGAACGGUAUGCAAAGCUGAGAAAGAAAAUGGAGAAGUUGAAUAUGAAAUAUACCAUGCUUGUGUGGCAAUACAGGAUGAACCCUAAGAUAUGCGAAUUUCCGUCGCGGAGAUUUUACGACGGGAAAUUAAAAACAGCAAAUUCUAAAUACUGGAUUGUGGAUCAACCUUUGCGAAUUUGGAAAAACACAAAUCGUAACAAACACGAAUUCUCGAACAAGCCAAACAGUGACAAAGACAAUUCUUCGGAGAUCUGUAAGAAAUCAAAUACCAAUGAGCACAUACCACUGGUAUUCUGUCACAUCGAGGGCUCUGAGGAGGUGCUGACUGUGUCCACAGAGGAGGGCAACGAAAGGUCCAGGAAGAACAAGGAAGAAGCAGACCAUGUCGCUAAAGUGUUCAAGUAUUUGAGGGAUGUUGAAAAGGUUAAUACUAACUACAUCCAGAUCAUCACCCAGUACAACGCCCAGCGUCAUGCUAUUCAGGAGACCUUGACAAAGGAAAAUAUUAUCAACAUCAAGAUAAACACUGUUGUCAAGAGUCAAGGAAGUGAAUGGGACUACGUAAUAUUCAGCACGGUUCGGUCUUUGCCAAGAUAUCUGAUAGAGCAUAACCCUACCAUUGGCUGGUGCCGUCAAAACUUGGGCUUCAUCACCGACCAGCAUCAGAUUAACGUCGCACUUACUCGCGCACGUAAAGGACUAAUUAUCAUUGGAAACAAACACCUGUUGCGGUGUGACGAGGUUUGGAGAGACCUAAUCAGGAAGUAUGAGGAUGAGGACUUAGUGUACACACCGCAGCAGUUCCCACCAUCUCCUCGACGUCGACGCGACCGGCCGACACGCCCACCAAGACUAAAAUAAUUUGUUGACGUACAAUGUAAUGCUCAUAUGAGUGCAGUACUAUCAACUUGAUAAUUCCUGAAUAUUUUAACAAUGGCCAAAGAUAUUGCCAAAGUAUGAAAACCGAACACGGAAAGACAGUCAUCUUAUCACUUUAUUUCGUGUAGGUCGCUUGUGAUAAUGGAACUUUUAUCAGACUACUAACUUAUGUACACUUAUGCAACAUAACCUUACACUCAGUUACAAAUUGAGAGAAAAUCAAAGAUGCAUACAAGGACACAGAGGACGUUGACCAGACACCUAUUGUAGCAUGUUAUGAUUAAGGCGAUGGUCAGAUUUGAAUUAGAUUUGUAUGGAUAGUGUUGUUGUUGCUACUGAAGCAGAAGACGAUUACUAUAUCAGAUAACCUAGUAUUAUUUUCCUUGUGCUUUUAUCAGGAGGGUGCAAAUCUAUCCUCUAAAGGUUUUAGGGACCAAUUGUUUCUAUUGUGUUUUUAUUAGGGUUUUUGACCAACUGGUGAAAGGACCUAUUAUUUUAGUUUUGCUUUUAUUCUUAUAAGGGGGCUUUCCACCAACUGAUGAAAGGACCUAUUCUUUCUAUUAUAUUUAUUAUUAUUAGGGUUUUGUUAUCAAUGGUAAAAAAUACCUACUAUUUUUGUUAUGUUUCUUCUUAAUCUAGCUAUUCUUUCGGAAAUGAAUGGGUGGCCUCCUAAUCUGUAAAACCGAAGCAGAUAUGACCAAAGUCUAUAAUGUACAAUAAAGGUCAAAGUAUGAAGGUGUGAGAAAAAUCUUUAAAUGAAGGUCAAGAAAUCCAUGAUGUCAUAUCAAAACAAUUGCCAUAACUCAAAACGUAUUACUUAUUCAGAGGUCAUAUAUUAUAUUAUUUGUAGAUAUUGUCCGGAGCUAACUUUUCCUAAUCACAAGGUUUAAGGUCAGAGGUCAAAUAAAAAAGCUCGCAAUUGGGUCCAAGGUCACUAUUUUUUUCAGAUUUAAAAACAAAAUCGAUGCAGUAUGUCAUUUCGAAGAAUAUGAUGCAUUCAAGUUUAUGAUAACCCUUCCGAUUCAGGAAGUACGUCAUUUUGAAAAUUUCAAUUAUUGCUCAUUCACUACGCUUUUCAAAACCUUUAAGUUUUGAAGCCCGCUAAAUUGUUAGCCAAUAAUUUGUUUUGUUUUCGGGCAAAAUAUAUCCAAAAUGGUAAGAGGUUUAUCAAUUCCUUUUUGCUUGUUAUAUGGCAAAUUUAAAAGGGGAAACAGUUACAAAAUCAAGUAGGUCGAAAAUCAAAUAUGACCGCCACGACAAAGGGUUUUUUAAUGGUUAUAAUUCGAGAACCUUUGACUUGACAAGGUUAAUACAAUUUUUAUUAUUUUUGGUUUAUCUUUAACUUUUCCUCAUUACAUUUCAAUGAAAAAGAUGUCGAAUCAGAAAUAUCUUCAUUUUUUUUUUACAACAUUUAAUGUUUUUCAUAGAUCAAUGCAUUAUGUUAUUCGAAUUAUUUUGAUGUCUUUAGUUUUUGCUGAAACAAUCGCCGUUAACGUGAUACGCCAUUUUGAAUAUUUUCCUUUUUAUCUUUUUGGUAUGCCGUCGAUUCACAUGUCAAUUUUUUCUUCAUCUUCCCUUACUCGGAUUCAGCGCAAACUUCUAUGAAAUAACUUUUUCAUUCUUAAUUUAUUUUGGAAAGCUUUUUUUCAAAGACUCAUACAGUAUGCCAUUCCAAUAACUUUGAUGUUAGUUUUUCGAUACAAUUUCUCAUUAACAUAGUACGCGAUUUUGAAGACUGCCUGUAUUACUUUUGUUGUUGGAUAAAAACACAUUUUAUUCAUAUUACACAUAAUAUAUACAAUACAAUAGGUGUCUUCUCGCAGGAGGGCUUUCACUCAUUCAUUCAUAUUUUUCAACUUAGUUUUUUCAAUCUUUAACUCGUCAUCUAUAUACUGUAAAAUUCUUUUUCCUUACAAUCAUCAUAUUUUCAUUUUUUUUCUCCUGAUUAGUUUCCCAAAUAUUUCGCUCUUCAUUCAUACAUUCUUUCUCAUCAUUUUAUGGAUAUUUUGAUUUUUUUUUUAUAAAAUUAAUAAUAUAUAUUUAAAUUAGUAAAAAAAAUAACAAUAACACCUAUAUUACUUUUAGGAAUGUUAAAAUGUAGACGAAUCGCAUUUUAACCUUCUCGGGUGGGUCCAGCAUCUAAAAUGACUGUCAUGGUCGCCAUCUAUUGGUUACAUUGAAUUGAAACAUUCAACAUCGUAGCCACAACAGCCACUUGGUAUCGAAAUAUUGGUUAUAGGACAUGUACGAGUUAUCUCCUCUCUUCCAUUUCGUUUGUUGGCAUAUAAUACUUUGAUAAUUCCGAUUUCAUAGAAUAUCAUGAAAUAGUCAUUCCUCUGGAAAUAUUGAGCUUUUGGUAUUUUGUACUAAGUAGGUGAAAAGCCCGUCAAAUUGUCUAUGACAAUUUCUAGUUUCGAGGCUCUUUUUUUGCCAUCGUAUUAUCGGUUUUAAUUGCGAAUUAUGGAUUCGUUAUUAUGUUAGUAUUCUUCAUUGUUUUCAUUUGUUUUGAAUAGAAUAUGUUAGAAUUUCACGAUGACUUAAAGAGAGAUAUGUUACAUCCGUAGUGCAACCAAUUCGCUACAUAAAAAUAUUAGUCUUUUUGUCGAUAUAAUACUGUCUUUUCACUAGACUGUCAUAUUAGUUUUUGCUAUUUUACAGUGUGUAUCUUUAUUAUGAUUAUGUUUUAAAAAAAAUAUCGAAAACAUAUCGUACAAUGUACUAAGAGCAAAUGCAGUACAGAUGUAACACUUUCAACUAUGUAUGUGGUCGCGUUAGGAUCACAAGACGAUGGAUAGCAAUAAUGAAUAUUGUAGUGAUUUGCAACAAAUAUAUAAUAUUAUUUUGUUUAAUUUUCGUUAUAUUACUGACGACUAUAUCUUAGUGAUGAAUAAUAUGUUUCAUUUAUGUAAAUUACAAAAAAAAAAACAACAACAUCCGACCAGUUCAAAAUAAUUGCCAAAGCUGAUCGUACUACAUUUACAUUCGCCAGGCGACUAGACAUUCAGGCAGCUGAAUAACCGAAAAUAUAUUUUUUUAAAUUACAAAAUGAUGCGUUGUCCCUGUACUCCAUAUUAUAGGUUGCAGCACAGACAUAUACAUCAGUUGACAGUAAAUUAUUUUUUUUUCAAUAUAAAACUUGCUGUACAUGUUUAUAAGUGAUAUAUAUGGUUUUGUGUAUUUGUUACAAAUGGACAAAGGCUAACAAUAGUUAUUUUUUAUAAUCAAUACUGAUUAUUUAUUUGUAAAACUGUUUUUAAAAUGUUGUUUUCUUAGUAUUAGUAUUGUGUUCUGUAGGCAUAUAUAGUCGUUGUGCGAACAGGAUAUAUAUAGAAACUACUUUGAGGGUUAUACGAUUGUCUAUGUUCCAGCUCCAAACAUUUUGGUACCAAGGAGUGGACCCAAGUUAAAGUUGACAUGACACCUCGUAGGAUGACUCUCUCUAAACGUUUCUCUAAUUACGACCAUUACACGUACUCUACAUAAUAAUAGUCAUUGAUAAUGUUACCAUGACAUUUUCCUAGUAUCAUCAAUGAAAUUUGUGUAAUUGAUUUGUACACCUAUGAUGAAGGGUCAUUACAUGUAGCUGAUAAUAAUCGCAAUAUUGACUUAAUGUUUUUUGAAAAAAAAUAAACCUAGCUAUUUUAUUAAAUAUUAAUCUCCAUGUGACCAAAUGUUAGCAAAAUUUAAUGAUACACACACUUUAUACUAUACCAGUUAUAUCAGUAUACCAUUUAUUUUUAAUGCUUCAGAACAGGGUCGAACAUUUGUAAUAUUUGUAUGUAGUCUUGUUGUAUCAUUAAGCAUUAAAACCUAAACUUUGUGAUACCUACGAUGAUAAGUAUCCAACAGUUUUAGGUUUAUUGAUCAAUAAUGAGUUAUGAAUUAUUACCAUUUCUCUCUAUUAAUUCGAUAUUUAUAUUCUUGUACUUAUUAUCUCGAUUACGCAGGCAGAUGUCGGCUAAUCGGGGAGAAAAUGUUUUUGUAGAAUGUAACUAAACCUUGGUUUGACCUAGAUUUGUAUGGCUAGUGUCAUCAAUUAUUGUUUGGCAUAGAUUUGCCAAUGUUUCAUCAGAUAGAUGCAAUUGUGAGUUGGGACAGAAUCAUCAACAAAUAAAAGUUUUAGAGAAUCA